UUGCAUUGUGGGGAUAAAAAUACAGCACCGAAAGGACAGUAAGGAGCACAAAAGAAUGAAGAGGGCACCCCGGCAACUUUCAGCAACGGUUUAUUGCCAUUGUGAAUCAAUGUGAGGGUUGAGUAAAUUGCGACUAGAAGUGAGUGGCAGAGUAAGAACUGCCUAAGAAAAGCAGGGAGGGAAUGUGAAGGAGCGAGGUGGAGCGGCAGGACUCGUCGCUGUCUCCGACUGUUUUUUUUUUUUUUUGUCAGUUGAGCUGUUCGCAUCCUGAGGCCCCACCGUUACCACAGGUCUCGCACCGGAAGGACACUUUCUACUCAUAGCAGGACUCCAAGAUGGGGGUUAAAACCUUCACCCACAGCUCAACCUCACACAGCCAAGAGAUGCUUGAGAAGCUGAAUGCUUUGCGUAAUGAAGGUCAUUUAUGUGACGUUACCAUCCGGGUUCAAGACAAGCUCUUCCUAGCACACAAAGUGGUCCUGGCCUGCUGCAGUGAAUUCUUCCGUUCCAAACUCUUAGGCCGAUCAGAGGAGGAGGAAAAGUUUGUGUUGGACCUCCAUCAUGUGACAGUUAGUGGUUUUGCCCCUCUUUUGGAAUAUGCUUACACCUCUACCCUUUCAAUCAGCACAGAGAACAUCAUUGAUGUCCUGGCAGCUGCAAGUUACAUGCAGAUGUUUACAGUUGCUAGCACAUGCUCAGAAUUCAUGAAAUCCAGUAUUCUCUGGAGCUCCACAAACAUCAGCAACAACAAUGCAACAGCAGACAAACCCCAUGAGGCAGCACCAGAGAGUGCUUCAUCAAACUGUGCCCUAACGCCGUUGGAUGGCAGCGUGUCACCUGUGUCAUCUGAAUGCAGCAUGAUGGAGAGAAACGUUCCCAUUUGCCGCGAGUCACGGCGGAAACGUAAAAGCUUUGUAACAAUGGCGUCGCCGGAGAGUCCACUCAAAUGCACUACACAGAUGGUCACCACCUCACCUCAGAUUCCUAAUCCAUCCCCAUCAUUCUCAGAUGGCCCAGCCCAGCCUGUUGAGUCCUCUUUGGCUUUUCCCUGGACUUUCCCAUUUGGCAUCGACCGAAGAUUCCACUCAGACAAAUCAAAGCUGCCGGAGAGCCCUCGUUGCUUAGAGCAGGGUGCCCCAGGGACAUCAGAUGGGACGGUUGCUCGUAGGCUUAGCGAAUUUCUAACCUGUGAGAGCUCUAAGACGGUGUCCUCACCAGUGGCAACUGAAGAAGAAGACGUGAGAGUGAAAGUGGAGCGUCUUAGUGAUGAGGAGGUCCAAGAAGCAUCAUCACAGCCGGUCAGUGCCUCUCAAAGCUCCCUGAGUGACCAGCAAACAGUACCAGGGAGUGAGCAGGUCCAGGAGGAACUUCUUAUCAGUCCACAGUCUUCAUCUAUAGGGUCAAUGGACGAGGGAGUUUCAGAGAGUUUGCCGUCACUGCAGAGCACUUCUAAUGCUGGAGGACAUGCAGAAGAUGAUGAAAGGCUGGAAGGUAUUCAAUAUCCUUACCACCUCUAUAUAAGCCCAUCAGCUCGACCUGGCACCAAUGGCCCUGAUCGUCCCUUUCAGUGUCCGACCUGUGGAGUCAGAUUCACGCGUAUACAAAACCUGAAACAGCACAUGCUCAUACACUCCGGCAUUAAACCUUUCCAGUGUGAUCGCUGUGGGAAAAAGUUCACACGGGCGUACUCCCUAAAGAUGCAUCGGCUGAAGCACGAAGGUAAACGCUGUUUCCGGUGCCAGAUUUGUAGCGCCACAUUCACGUCCUUCGGUGAAUAUAAGCAUCACAUGAGGGUCUCCCGACACAUAAUCCGCAAGCCGCGGAUUUAUGAGUGCAAAACAUGCGGCGCCAUGUUCACCAACUCUGGCAAUUUAAUUGUACACCUGAGGAGUCUGAACCAUGAGGCAUCCGAACUAGCAAACUACUUCCAGAGCAGUGAUUUCCUCGUGCCCGACUACCUGAGCCAGGUUCAAGAGGAGGAGGAAGCGUUGGGAGUCCAGUAUGAGCUGGAGGAGUCCCAACAUCACCCACUCUACCCAGGCAGCACCUCCACCACCACUGCUACCUCGUCCUCCUCCUCAGUCCAGAUGUCUGUCAUCUCCCAGGUCUCCUCUUCUACCCAGAACUGUGAGAGUUCCCCAGGCUUCCUUUCACCUGAACCACUGGAAGCCCCUGCCUCCCUGAAGAUGGACACAGAUGAGACGGCAGCCAUGACAGAGGAGACCAGAUUGGACAACAGUGCCGGAAUCAGUUCCCCGGAGGUAUUUGAAGAGGAGGAGCAGCAGCAUCUUCAAGCCAAGGAAGUGGCUUCUAUUACCAUUGAGUGAUUCAAGUCUCCUGCCUGCCCAUCAUGUCUUAUUUUGCAGCCAUGUCCUAUGGGAUUACUUAUUUGAAUUAUUUGAUGGCUGAAUGGAACCACUUGCACAUGAAGACACUUCAUCAUAUGGAAUCUGUGAGGAUGGAGUGAUUGAAGAUGCUUGAAGGCCCUGUUGGCUUCAUGACUUUUCUGCACACGAAUGGAAGCACUUAUUUGCAUUUAUGUUGUACAUCAGAUUUCAUUAGGUCAGACAGUCUUAGACAAUUAUUACUACCUGGAAAUGUGAGUUAUCAGUAUUUUAACAAAGUAAUAAGGUUGUUUUUUGUCCCAUGUGACUUGAAUGCAGCUAAAGUCAUCUAUGUCUUAGCCAAUCGGAGGUUUGUUCAAUUCCAAGCCUUGCUCAACUUUUAGAAAGUGCCUGAGAGUUCACACUAAAGCAAAGUAACGUAAAGAGGAAGAAAAGAACUGACUUUGCUAGGUGACAAAUCAAGUCUUUGCAAACUUGGUUAAAAUGUAUUAAACUGUAUUAAAUUUGUAAAAGUAUUGUUAGUUUGUAU